AUGUCCUCAAUCACACUGAAACAGGGAAUGAUUUCCUUGGCUUGGUCGUUGGUGAAUUGGAUGCCGGCCAUUCUUAUGGUCAAUGAUGAUUAUAGAUUGGAAUUGCAACAAAAGUGUUGGGCCGCCUCCUCCGCCUUUUCGCCGUCUCCUAAUAAUAACAACAUGACAAUGAUGACAAUGAUGACAAUGAUGCAAACAACAACCUUGUUACCAUCAUCACAAGACCAACAAUCGUCCUUGGAAUUGGAGAUUCCCCGUAUUGUCAUUCGAGACUUGCUUCGAUCGUAUCGUCAGGGACAUGAUAAUCAUGAUGGUGAUGAUGAUGAUGAUGAUGAUUAUGCCUUUGUCCAAUUUGUAUCGGACUACUUGAUCAAGACCUAUGGAACUGAUUGGAGGGAACGACCACUCCUGUUGGAAGGACUACUCGAUUACAACAACAACAACAACAACAACAACAACAACAACAACAACAACAACAACAACAACAACAACAACAACAACAAUAAUAAUGAUGAUGCUGCUGCUGCUGCUGACGGGACGAGUACUCCUCCUCAGCGACGCUUGUCACUUCAAGGCUUGUUGGAAUUGGAUCAAGUCAUUCCAUACUUUGAACAAGCACACAAGCCAGGAGCCUUGACCCCAACGGCCAAAGCCCCAGUUUCCGAAAUUGUUCAAGGAAUGCUAAAUGGGCAUCCCUACAAGAUUGGAUCCCAACUCAUUGUUCAAGAACAUGUGGAAAUGAUGCAAGAAUUGACAGGAGAGGCUUUUGGUGGUGGUGGUGGUGGAGAUGUUGAAACUACUACUACUACUACGACUACUACUGGGAACUUGUUGUCCUUUUUGUUUGGGAAUCACUUUCGCCCCGAGGAUAUAAUACCGGGCCGAUUCCUGCCAGCGACAACCACAGUCCCAGUCUUUGUGGCAAACCGGUUGGUCAAGAAGAAUACUGAUAAUAUUCUUUCAGAUCAAGCUGCUGUGAAUAUUGAUGAGGAAACCCAUGAGCAAGAAGAAGAAUCAUCGACCUCAGCAGCAUCAUCAUCAUCGGCAAUCCAAGAAGACUCCCUGUCAUCCACCAAGAAACCAUCCAAGCAGCAGGAGCAAAAGAAGAAGAAGCAGCAGCAGCAGCAAGAGCAGGAUAAUCAUAUCACUACUGGCCUCCACUGCGAACCCAUUGGCAAUGUCGCCUUUCAAGUGGAAGGAUCCAAAGAAUGGACAUUGGUCUCACCCAAGUAUUCUGCCUGGUUGGAACCAUCCUUGGCGUCCGAUGGUCGUGCCUUUUUUGCGUCCGCCUUGAAGGUAGACGGCAGUGGUAGUAGCACCAAUAAUCAUGGCACCACCACCACCACCACCACUACAUUGCCGGAUGCACUCAGCCAACGACGAAUUCCACAUUGGACCGCCGCCACUGGACCAUCGGAUGCCCUGUGGGUACCGACAUGGACCUGGCACCGAGUGGAUUAUUAUCGACUGUCUGACGACAAAGCCAAUACGAAGCAUAAGAAGCAACAAGACACCGCAUGCCACAAUCCCCAAGCCAACAACAACAAUGAUGACGAUGACGAUGACGACCCAGCAGCAAGUACUACUACUUGUUCUACGAGUGAAAGAAUUGAUAUUGGUGCUGCUGCGAAUCCAAACCAUGAACUGGCCAUUGGAGGAUCCAUCUUUCACUUUCGAGCGUGGGAUUUUUUGCGGCGGAAUCCAUUGUAUGCCGUUUUGAUUGUUCCAGCACUCAUCAAGGAACUUGCUGGUAUUAGUACGCAAUGA